AUGGAUGAAGCCGCCGAGGCCGGAGAAAAGCAUUCGCAGAGCCUGACGGAGUUUCGCCAAUCACAAGACCGAUAUGACUUCCCUUCGCGUCCUGACGGAACAGUUACUGCAUCUCGAAGGGCAAUGGAGAAGGUUAUCCACGACAUCUGUUUGGAUUUCUUCGACGGCCACGUCUACUACCUACUCACCAUUCUAGGGAAGAUGAAAAUACCGCUCCUUCGGUUUUCCCCUCCGGAAUUCGAUAUGCCAUCUCGUCGAUGA